CAGAUUCACAUCCAAUUAAGAGAGAAAGAGAUAGAACUAAGUGAAAGAACAGAAAGAGAGAUGACAGUUUUCAAUACCAAUAUCUUGCUUUUGGCUGUCUUUGCCAUCCUUGGGAUUCUGAUGUCCAAUGACAACAGCAACAUGGUUGCUGGCCAAGCAGCUUGCCAAGGUGAUCUGCAGGGUUUGAUAACUCAAUGUGCUAUGUUCGUUCAAAAGAACUUGCCAAAGUCGAACCCCUCCCCAGGCUGCUGCAGUGUUAUCCAGACUGUGGACAUUCCAUGCGCGUGCAAGCAUAUCACCAAGGAGGUUGAGCAAGUGGUUGACAUGGAGAAAGUAGUCUUUGUAGCAAAGUACUGUGGCAGGGCACUCCCCGCAGGGACCCAGUGUGGAAGUUACACAGUUCCCCCAUGAAGCUGGAUGAUCAAGAUGUAGUGUCUGCAAAUGUAUAACUUACGUGUUGUUAUGCAUGCAGAAAUAGAAUAAAUUUGGAUAGCCUAUAGGCUAUAAGAGCUUCAUUGUUGUUGUAUCACUAAGAACAACUAUCCUUACCAUAAUGAAAAACUACUUGAAGUAAA